AGGCGAGGACGGUUGGAAAGCAAGAAAUCGACCAGGUAGCACGCUGCUGGUUCCUCGGAUAACUCAUAAAUAAACGAGCAUACCUGGUAUAAGCAGAAACGUUUAUGGCACCAGCAUACACGGCGUAUAGACCCUUUAUGUAGACCCAGCCUAGACACAAACUACUUUAAAGUUGCACAAGUCGAGAUCUAGGAGCGCGCAACGCCUCUACCACUUUUUGCCUCUUCACCCUUUAUCCCUCCGUCGGGUUUUACUUCUUUAUUUCAUGGCAAGGUUGCUUGCCUGCCACGUGCGCCGUCUUCCUAGUAACAAUGAAAAAAAGCAAAAUACAUAGAGACCGAGAAAAAGAGAGAACAAGUUUGGUCGAAUUAAAAGUCAGGAAGGAAUGGGAAGAUGUUCGUAAACUUAAUAUCACGAGGAAACAAAAUUUUCAUUACUUUCCUAAGUACGUACUUUCUCUUUUUCCUCUUUCUCUUGUGUUUCCCAGAGGAAAGAUAAUACCCGAGAAAAUAGAAAUAUUUUAACAAGCAGAGACUUUCUUUUCAGCAAUUAUUGGUUGCACGCACAAUGAAAAUAAAAGAGAAAGAGAAAGAGAAAGAGAAGGAGCUUUUGAUUAUGAUUGAACGAUUUAACGAGAUAGAGCUUAUAAACAUAUGCUGGUUAGCGAGGAUUUUGGAAUAACGAGCAGUGUUGCUUCUUCAUUCGCAAAUAAAAAGCUUAUUCGGCGGGCGCAUUAUUCAUGAACGAAGCGCAUGCCGCUUCUUUUCUUAUGCAUACAUAACUGCUUUACAAGAGUAAGAAAGAGUCUCGUUUUGCUUAUCAUACGUACAAGCUACACGAACAAGUCGUACAAGUCUCCUCCACGAAGAAAACUUUCUUACUCCGUUAUUACAUAGAUACAACGGUCGUCGAUGAAAAUAAAAAAAAGGAUUUAUCAACAGUUCCCUCGCGUGAUAUCUCGCAUAGUUAAGUACAAACGACCGAAUCUUCGAUAAACGUAAAUCCUUUUUUAUGCCUCGAAGAUUCGCGUUACACGGAAAUGCUUAGAGCAGGCGGAUAAUUAAACGCUUUUUAGCUUUCUUCAAAGAGCCCUUUUAUCGUCCUACUCGUUGAGAAAAGUCAAGUCUAGAAGAACGAACGGUUGGAUUAAAUAUUAAGAUCGUCGUCCUUUGCACGCUACUUUCAUGGAAUUAUUUUCUAGCGAAAAUACUUUACCGACUUUAUUUUUAUUACUUUUCCUUUUUAAUAUGUACUUUUGCGCGAUAUAAGCGCGUAAACGUAGCUCUACGCCCGAACUACUGCUAUGGAAAAACAUCAUCUUUCUGUCAAACAAAAACAAAAACAAAAACAAAAAGAAAGAGAACAAGAAAAUCUUCCUAAAUAUCUAUUUGAACAACUUAACUAAAUAUCUAUUAUAUCUUUUGUCAACUUGGUUAGAAUCGUGUUGGUUUUUGUACGUUAAUUAGACAUACGAUUAUAAUAUUUUCAUGAAAAUGAUGAAAGAUAGAAAUAUGAAAUGCUCUCUUUACUGUGCUAAUAUAAGCUUAGGUAUACAUCGUAUGCGUAGGUAAUAAUAUAUGACUGUUCGUCGUUGCAAGUUACGUAAACAGUUAUAACAUUUUCUAGACGAAACAAACGAGGGAGCAAAUAAAGCAAUGUAGCUUUUACGAAUCGCACCCAUAUCUCGUCGCUCGAGAAUAUUUACGGCAUACAUACGUAUCUUCAUAGAUAUACUCCAGUUGUUAAAUUGGCAUUUUGCAAAUAACGCAUUGGUUUGAUACGUUGUCCUUUCUUUUUACGCUGCCGUAAAAAGUUUUUAGAAAAGCGAUCUAUAUCGGAUCUUGCGGUAACACGCACAACGUAAGUAUAAUUCUUUCGUUUGACCAAAUCUACGAUCUUACCUAUGGUCGAGGGAGGUCAGGUAGUGGAGGCUAAGCAGGAGACUGGCCGAGUCGAAGAGAAGAAACGCGAAAGUAAUCGUUUCCCUUGCUCUCGCGAGUCUUGCAGUCGCGAAACCGGACUGACUCGAAAAUGAAGGAAACUCACGCGACUUGUUCGCGACCAAGCACGAUAUUGCACGCUUCCAGGACCGCCGGUAUUAUCGAAUUAAAGGCAAGCCCUUUGGGAAAGCGACUUGACGGGAACGUAAAAGGUAGACUCGUAAAUCGCGCGUGCACUUUGUACUUUAGUUAAUUGUAAUCCGAAGCCAAGUCGGAGGGUUUGUACAAUAUUUCUUAGUCUCUUCCUCGUUAAAAUCUCGCUAAAAUCUCGCUAAAAUCUCGCCAAAAUCUCGCGGCAAGAAAUGAACGUGUACGCGCGUAUGUAUAAUACAAACAGACGUGCUUUAUAUGCAACACGAACGACCGUUUUAUAAUCGAUCCACCAGCUCGCAAUAAAUUAUUCUCUUCAAUUGUACAUUCGUUCAAUUACGUAUAUAAAUCUAUCUAAUCUUUCUAUGCGUCGUCGGAGAAUCGUUUAAAAAAUGUUUCGUCUCUUGAACAAACUAUUUUGAAAGAAAAACUAAUUUGCCAAUGUAACUGUUUCUAAUUUCGUUAGACCGGCAUCAAAUGGAAUUAUCGAUAAAACGUUCAUUGCGAGCAUAUUGAAUAACCUACCAACGUAUUUGAAUACGUAUACGUGUAUACGUAGGGACAAUCUUUUUUCACGUUACAACUGGACAUAAAAAAAAAGUUAAUUGGGUUAGAACGAUGCCGCAUGGAUCCAUGGUGGAUCUGUGUAACGUAGGGAGGAAAUAAUUCUCAACAGUGUGUCGGAGCGUGGUUAUCCCGAUCGAGGGAAAACAGGGCGACAUCGAGGUCGUAAAUAAGAGGAAACGCUGGGAAAGCAGUCGUCUGUGGGAGAGUUGUUUUCCCAACAUCGACUGUCACCGCCAUCCGCAUGCCAUUCGCGUGUCAAUUUUUAUUUCUAAUCACACUUUUUUCAUUUUCUAAAGUUUCUAUUCUACUGCAACAUGAAGAAACGAUUCACCAAUCACAAUGACAUUUAUUUCCGUGCUUUGAAAAUGUAGCGCGGAAUAAGUGUAGUGCUAUUUAAAACUGCAAACCAAUAAUUACAACAUUACGCAUGAUAUAUUACAUGCAAAAGUGAGUGUUAUUAAUCACGUUGCCGCGAAAUAAAUUUUGAUAAGAUCAGCGCUCGUAAGCUCUCUACGUGCUUCCUAACGAAAAUAGCUUAGCUCUCUCUCUCUCACUCUCCCAAGAUCAAUGAACGCAGCCCAGUGAAAAGAUCGAAAAGAGAAAAGUGCCAAGCUCGCUUUCCAAUGAUGAACAAGAAGGGUUCAUUAUAGUUAAUAUUCUUAAAAAGCUCCUUAUUUUAUUUAUUGUCUUAUCUAUUUAUUGUCUCGUUGCUGCAUCGUGUUUUGUAAAAGUCGCCAUAGUUUGUGAAAUAAGUAGGAAUAUACGCAAGUAUACGGUCUUUCUUGUUCGGUGGUUUUUCGUUUUUCUCUUUGACUACUUAAAUUUUAAUCUGCUCUACGGGUCGCAUUCUAAUAAUACGUUUUGGCCUUGUUACAACGCUCUGUCGUAAAGAGAAACUAAUACAAUGGAGCUUUUAAAUGGAAAUCCCUUUUGACUUUGGUCUAGUCAUUUCUUUCGGCCUUUAUCGCUCGAAAAUUCUUCCUUCCGCCACAAUGGGGAACAUAGUUUUGAAAAACUUGACGAAAGGGGAAAUAAAUGAUCCUUCUUCUCUUUUCACCUUCUAAAAGAUCUUACAGAGAAGUAAAUAAAGUAAAUAAAGGCGUCCAGAGAGAUGGCAGGGUGAAAAUUCAAAGCCCUCGAUGUGAAGAAGAUAAUCAAAUGUUCGUUCGAUCCUAGGCAUGUACUGGUUGUAAGGUACUUUGAACCAUUUGGUAGAAAUAAAUUUCAUUGAAAAUAUAAAAGUAAAUUCCCCCAAGUAUAAUGAGAACAAGAUGAUAUAGAUAGUCGUUGUUGAAAUCAUAAGAGGUAGUAGAUAGUAAUAAGAAGGAGGUGAUACCGAUAAAAAUCUAAACGAGGGUUAAUGGCGUAUAACGCGCUAACGGCACGUCCGAAUCAGAUAUAAGACUAAUCGACUCUUAUCCGGCAUUGGACGUGUGUCAAGGAGUCAUUGUUCGGCUGUGGUUUCGCUCAAAGUUUACCGUUUAACUCCCUUACGCUUCGUGAUUCCGCAUUCCCGCUAUGAUGGCCGACAUUUCCUUAAUUAGCAUAGAUAAUGGAGCCGUAUGCUAGUCCUUAUAUAGGACCGCCGCCGCCGCCGCCACCGCCACGUGCUCGAGCGACAAAGAGCCCGCUUUGAAUCCUUUGCUAGCGAAUAAAGGUACUCACUACAGUCGUCUCGCCUUCGAUUAGCCAACCGACUAAGUAGUUUAGGAUACUAGUUUAGGAUCGUGUCAGAAGUGUGUGUGGAUCUAAUAAUCCAUUCACGCAUUCAUUCUAAUUCCAAAGAUAGCAAAAACAAAUAGAUCCUAUAUAAUAUGGGAAAAUUGAACGCAUAAUUGAUCGUAUUAAAUUUUCACACGAAUUAAUACGAUUUAUCGUUGCUCGAUCAUUUUAUUUAACAUUUCACAAAGGUUGUUUGUACUCAUCAAGGGGAUAAAUAAACACAGAUGGAUAAAUUCGUAUUCCCCAUCGCUGUAUGAACGAUGCGUGCGUGCUUUAAACGAUAACGGAUGAUAAAUUCGAGAUAUUUCAAAUAGCUAUGAUAUAUUGUAGAGUACAAUGCGACGAACGUAAGUACCAUUAGGUCUCGCUCCUGCUGGAAUCUAACAAUAAGUAGAGAACAUAUCCGAGUGUGGUCAGGCAAGUAGAUAAGCGCUGCAGGACGCUUUCAAAUUCGCCGCAUAUGCGAAUUUAACAAGCAACGAACUUUUCAACUCGGAAAAAGCGAUUACGUAUUUACACGCUCUUGUAGAAAUAGUAGGGCUCUAAUCUCGGUUAGCGUGUUUCGCAUCAAAGCUACUCGCAAAAAUAAUGCCAAACUAGUUAUAGCUAGUUGUUGCUUUUCUAGUCUAGCUUUUUUUUUUUUUCUUUCCCAACGCGCCCCGUGGGCCUCAAUAUAGGAUAAUAUAGGAAAGUGUAUUACCUAUAUUACGAAAAAGCAAGCAUCUGUAAAAUAGGAAGAGAAUCUUCUGGCGGGGGUCGAGUAAUAGGAUGCAGUUGGUCGCGGAGGUAAUAAAUUAUCCCGCAAGCGUUAACGACGAGCUGCGACGGUCAGACGUACUGGCAAAAAGCACCAAAAUGGAUUAUUAAUUACGAUAUCGCUGCACGUUGUGAGAGAAAUUCAUUGUACCAAACCAUUGUUCUCAUUUAUUUUUACGAAUACACAGUUAUGCGGUUUCAAAUAAAUUCUUUGCAAAUCGAGUCUAACAUUCGAUUAUAUGCAGCAACCCUGACACAACGACUCGGGCGAGGCUGCAUCCAAUUACGAAGGAUUUCGAUUAAUUCUGAUUUUUUAUCAAUUCGUUGAUUCGAUUAUGCACCAGGAAAGUGACCUUCCCUCCCAUUGAGAUUUAGUCUAGUCGCGCGUAUAUACGUUACAUAUAAUAUUAUAGAUAUCGCUUCACACACACACACACACACAUUUUCUACCCUAUCUCUUUCCUAUGAUCCUUUGUCGCGAGGGAUGAGUGAAUAAUUCGAUGGAAUCGGUAAAUUAGAAAGACAAGGGUGGAAAGAGGUUCAUAUUGACCUAUCGGUUCGUAAAUGGAAGCCGACUAGGCGGAGACGAGCGCUAAUUGCGUUUGUCAUGCCGAUAAUUAAUAAUGCAUCGAUUGGCAUUGCGACGACGGGACGACGGGACGACGGGACGACGGGACGACGGGAGGGUGGCGAAUUAAAUGCAUUAACGACGAUAAUCGGGUUGCGGUGAAUGCGAAAUCGAAAAUACACCGGGUGCCAAGUUAUUGAAUGCAAACGAUCAAUCAUUCGGACAAAGUCCUAUCUUUCCUUCCGGGCUUCCUUCGACGAAGGAGGAAGAGAAGAGCGAAUCGACUCGUGCAUACAUAUGUGUUAGCUGCUACGAGUAAUCGUACGGAUGUGCCCGAUGACGAGCCAGAUAUGUCGAUUUGCUUUCCAGAAUGGGACUCCGGAGGCAGGCGCGAACAAUGAUAACGUACGCCCUUCUGAUACUCUACGCCGCCUUAACUAUAUCCCAUUGCUGCUACGUCUUUCCAAAAGAGAUCAAAGAUCCAUGCGUCAAAUUGAACUGCUCUCAAGGUGCCCAAUGCGUAAGAAGUCGCGAUGGUACAGAAGCCUCGUGCGAGUGUCUACAAAUCUGUCCGAAUUUGGGAGAUCACGAAGGUUCUGGACCCGUUUGCGGAACUGACGGCAUCGAUUAUCCGACCUUGUGCGACUUGAACAAAAGCGCUUGUACGAAAGGCGCAAAUAUCAGCGUGGCUUUUCAGGGUAGAUGCGAUCCCUGUGGUAACGUCGAGUGCAUGGAACCAGAAAUCUGUCAGUUGGAUGGCUCUAGGCAACCCGCUUGCCGUUGUGGUGAACAAUGCGGACUCGAAUUUUCACCUGUAUGCGGAAGCGACGGUAAGACUUACUCGAACGAGUGUAGCCUCCGACAAGAAGCUUGCAGAUCGAGGCUUCCACUUCGGAAGAUCUAUAAUGGUGCCUGCAGCUCAGGUAUCAAUCCCUGCGACGAGGCGAAAUGCGGCUCGUACGAACAAUGUGCCAUCAACCGAUAUGGUAUUGCGAGCUGCGAAUGCGGUCCGGAAUGCGAGCCAGUUAUGAGACCAGUUUGUGCGCGCGGUGGCACUACCUACACAUCCCUUUGCGAGCUCAAGAGAAGGGCUUGUCUAACGAAGAGCAAUAUCGAGGUCGCUUACACGGGUACCUGCGGCUCUAGAGGACCCUGCUCCGAAAAGGUCUGCCAAUGGGGUGCAAUUUGUGCGGAAAAUGGUGGAACCGCCGUUUGCGAGUGUCCUACCUGUCCUGCCGAAUUUCAACCGGUUUGCGGAGACGACGGCAUCAGUUACGGAAACGAGUGCAAAUUGAGAUUAGAGGCUUGCCAACAUCGACGAGAGAUUCGAGUUCUUUAUCAAGGCCUUUGCAAUGGUUGCGAGAAUAAGAAAUGCGAACAUUACGCAGAAUGCGAGAGCGACAGCGCUGGGGAGGCAAAAUGCGUUUGCCCGACUAAAUGCGAACAUACGGAGAAAGAGUCAACGGGGCAAAAAGUUUGCGGAACCGACGGUGUAAGCUACGAGAACGAGUGCGCCCUGAAGAAAGCUUCCUGUGACUCACAGACCGAAAUCGCCAUUCAUUAUAUGGGCGACUGCGAACUUUGCGCGAGGGUGGAAUGCGAAAACGGAGGUCGGUGUAUGGCAGGAGUUUGCGUAUGUCCGGAGAUCUGUCCGGAAAGUAAAGGAGAGCCUGUAUGCGGUAGCGACACGAAGACUUACCAAUCCGAGUGUGAAUUACAAAAGGUAGCUUGUGGGAGGGAUCCAAAAUUGCCGGCCUUGCACGUGAUUUUCUACGGCGACUGCGGUGAAAGACUCGCUGUGGCAGCGCUGACGACGAUGUCAACACCGGCUCUGACGCGCGUAGCCACUACGGUAGCUGACGUUACCAGCACUCAAGAACGAGAGGCUUGCAAGGACAUUCAUUGCGAUUUCGAGGCCACGUGCGAGCUCGGACCAGAUAAAUUUCCAAGAUGUAGCUGCCGAUUUGAUUGUGCCUCGAUAUCGCCGGAAAAUAUGCGUCCGGUCUGCGGCAGCGAUCUCAGAACAUACUCGUCUCUCUGCGCUAUGAAGAUGGAGGCCUGUCAGCGACAACAAGAGUUACGGCUGAGGCCCCUUGAUCUGUGUCAAGGCAUGGAGGUAAAACCAUGCAACGGAGAUCCGCCAUUGAUCGAUGCCGAUGGCAAGGAAUACGAUUGUGGAAGCGGACCCGAUCGCCGAGAUUGUCCGAGCAACAGUUAUUGCCAUCAAACGCCACGAUUUGCUCGAUGUUGCAAGAAAGUCCAAGGAAUUCAAGUGGUCAAGUGCUCGGAUUCCUGGCACGGGUGCUGUCCCGACGGUAAAACCACAGCUCUCGGACCGGAUGGAGCUGGUUGUCCCAGUUCAUGCAAUUGUAACAGACUUGGUAGUGUAUCCGACACCUGCAAUCCGGAAACUGGACAGUGCGAAUGUCGACCAGGAGUGGGUGGUCUAAAAUGCGACAGAUGUAUGCCAGGUUAUUGGGGAUUACCAAAGAUCAGCGAAGGACAUCAAGGAUGUAUACCUUGCGGUUGUUCUCUCUUUGGUUCCGUCCGAGAGGAUUGCGAACAAAUGACCGGACGUUGCGUCUGUAAGCCCGACAUUCAGGGCCAAAAGUGUACAAUCUGCACCGAUCACAAUAAAAUACUUACGCCCACCGGGUGUUAUUCAGCCGAUACGAUACCACCGAUCCCAACAUCUUGCAAGGAACUGGAGUGCUAUUCCGGAGGACACUGUUCCGAAAUAGGUGGUCCACACUGUGUCUGUCCGUCCUCUUGUCCAACGGACAUACCGUUGGUACCGGUUUGCGGUAGCGACGGACAGACUUACGACAGCGAGUGCGAACUACGUCUGUACGCGUGUCGUCACCAGGCGGACGUGGUGACCCAGGCCUUUGGUCACUGCAGAGACGAUCCUCUCGUGAACACGGACUUUCCCGUUAAGAGAUACACUGCCGUGCAAUACACCCAACCAGCAGCCGCUAUUUCUCCAUUAUCUAAAUCUACCAGGCAUCUUUUGGUCCCAGAACCAGAUCCACGAUACUAUUACACUCAUCGAGCUCAUCAAGAAACCAUCACCAUCGACAGAGAUAACCUUAAGCAUGGAGUUGCAGCGGUAUAUCGACCAACUCCUGCGACGAUUAGGGUCGUCACUGCCCUUCUCGGUGAUCUUUGUACCGACGAUAAGGAUUGUACGAUUCCCAAUAGCGAAUGUUCCGACGGUGGUUGCAUCUGUUCCGAGGGUUACGCAGAAACAAGUGAUCGACAAGAAUGUUUCGCCAAUUACGUGCCAGUGACACCGACGGAGGAAUUUCGUGCCUGUCUCUCCUAUCCUUGCCACAUGACAUCAACGUGCAUCGACCUGCCGAGCGCAACAUUUGUCUGCAUCUGUCGGCCGAAUUAUACGGGGCUGCUGUGCGACGAAGAGAUAAACAAGAGAGAUUACGAGGUACCUUCCUUCGACGGUAAGAGCUACGUCAGAAUGAGCAGACUGAAGGCUUAUCAUAAGUUCAGCAUCGAGGUAGAAUUAAAGACCUACGCCGACAACGGAAUUAUACUUUACAAUCAACAAAAGAGCGACGGGACCGGUGAUUUCGUUUCUCUUGCCAUCGUCGAUGGACACGUACAAUUUAGAUACAAUCUUGGCAAUGGUCCGGUUAUUCUCACUUCACCAGAGAAAGUUACCAUGAAGACCUUCCAUAGAAUAGCAGCGAAAAGAUACCACAAGGAUGGAGUACUGAUCUUCAACGAUGGCGAGGAUAUCGUUGGUCAGAGCCAAGGAGUUCUCAAAUCCUUGGAUCUCAACCAGGAUACGUUCGUUGGGAAUAUGCCGAGCAAUUAUUCCAAAGUCUACGACAAUAUCGGCACCAAUCAUGGUUUUCUCGGAUGCAUAAGAAAGCUAAAGAUCAAUCGUAUCUUCGUGGAUCUGCACGUUGGACAAGACAAGGACGUUUUAGAGACUUAUCGCGUAAAGGAAUGCGGAGACAACGCGUGCGCUAAUCUUCCUUGCGAAAAUGGCGCGACGUGCCAGCCAAUCUACGAGGAGGAUCUCUGUAAUGGCCGAGAAUGUCGAAGAUUACAAAAGAGGGCCAAGUCCAGGAUUAAUAAGAAGAACGGCCAUAAGAAUGGCCAUAAGAAUGGCCAUAAAAACGGCCAUAAGAAUGGAGUAAGCAUAGUUAGAUGCAAGGGCUCGCAUUGUGCCUCGAUCGAUCAACCAAGAUCGAGGAAAAACUCGAAGAAACGUUGCGUCGGUAGCAAGUGCGAUUACGACUACGAUAUAGAUUUCGAGGCAAGUUUCGAUCGUGGAAAUUAUGCGGUAGAAAAGUACGAACCACCGGAUUACAAGUGCAUUUGCCCACCUCAAUUUACCGGCCGAAAUUGCGAGGAAUCAUUGGAUCCGUGUAUCGACGAACCCUGUCAGCACGGUGCCACUUGCGACAUAUUACCUCAGGGUGGAUACGUUUGCAAAUGUCCUCCCGGUAGGACCGGCGUACAUUGCGAAAUUCUGGAUGCCGAAUUAACGGAACUGCUAAUACCGGAAAUGUCUAGCGACGGUUUUCUCGAAUUACCAUGCUUAGAGGGAGUCGCCAAAGCUUUUUCCAUUGAGCUGUGGUUCUUAACUCGCCUCAACGACGGCCUUUUACUAUAUAACGGGCAAUUAAACAACGGUAGAGGCGAUUUUAUCAGUUUAAACUUGGUCCACGGUAGAUUAGAGUUCAGGUUCAAUCUCGGAAGUGGUAUCGCCAAUAUUACAUCGCCUGAUAUCGUUACUCUUGAUAAUUGGCAUUGCGUUAGAAUAAGCAGACUCGGAAGGGAAGGUGUUCUUCAAUUGGACGAUGGAACAGUAGCGAGAGGACUCUCUGGAAGUCCUCUCACAGAAUUAAACCUAGAAAUGCCUCUCUAUGUGGGUGGUGUCAAACAUUGGAGAGAAGUACAUCGUUUGGCGGGAGCUUGGACCGGCUUAACAGGAGCCGUACAAAGGCUGAUGGUAAACGGCAAGACUUAUCAAAAUCUUGCCGUAAACGUAACGCAACACAACACAGAGAUCUACGACGGAUUACCGUGCCCGAGCAACGAGAAUCCUUGUCACAACGGUGGCGUUUGCCUUCCCUUGUUGAAUAGCUACCUUUGCAAAUGCGCUACCGGCUACAACGGAUUGCACUGCGAGUUUUUCAUGGGAUACGACGUUUCGAGUACGGAAGAUUCCAAGAGACCGGUACGAUUCGACGGCGACAACUUUUUGCAAUUUAAACAUCGUGUUGGUAGAAGUACUAACACAACUAAUACUACCCUCGGCGAGUAUUUCGAAGAGUCCUACUCCGACUACGACUUGGAGGACGUCGGAGAGUACGAGUACGACAGUUACGAUUAUACGGAACGCAGAGGGCAACAAUCGAACAAGUUUGAAUUGCGACUGAAGACCAUUCAUUCCGAGGGUCUAAUAGCUUGGAUUGGAAGGGGAAAACUCGAACACCUUAUACUUUCUUUGCGCGGGGGUUACGUCGUUCUCUCUUACAAGAGUAAAACGGAACAGAUUACCGUGAAGAGUAGGGAAAGAGUGGACGACGGUGUUUUUCACCAUAUAAGGGCGAGUCGAAGAAGACGCGCCUCGACAAUACAAAUUGACGAGUUUGCCCCGGUUAAAAUGCCGAUGGAGAGCGGAACUUUACUUACGACCAAUGGCAAAUUAUUCAUCGGAGGUAAACCAGGCCACCGUGGUAUCAAAGGCUGCGUCACGGACUUUAUCAUCGACAAGCGUCGAUUGCAAUUAAUUAGACGAAAGAUCGACUUUUGUCACGACAACGACGUAUGA